GGCGGACCUCGGUUUGUUUCCAAGAUUUGACACUUAACUGCGCAUUGGUGUGUUACAAGUCUGACAGUUGACGUUUAGCAAGUUUUUCUGUUCCUUGUAUUUUUCUUAUGAAAAUGUCAUGUAACACUUGUCAGGUUAAAUUUACGUUCUUUACAAGAGAGAACGCUUGUCCCAACUGCAAAUUUUCUUACUGCACAAAGUGCUUGAAGUAUAAAUUCAACCUUCCUAUUAUUGGAACCAAAAAGGUUUGUGGCAAAUGUUACUUCAAAUUGAAAGAUGCAGGAGAAACUGCUUCAAGUAACCAGAGCUGUCAUUCAGAGUCUCAUAUGCCCGAGGAGUCUGUAUCUACAGAACAAAUGGCUGACGAAGUGGCUCCGAUAGACAUUACUAAAAAAAUAAAUGCUCUGGAGAAUCCUGCAAAACCUCCUAUAGUUGUUUAUCGACAGAAAAAUAAAAGGUGGGACACUCUCAAGUCUGGACUGGACUUGGUGGAUCAACAGAUGGUUGAUCGGUUGAAAAAAUUAAAGAAUGAGGAUAAACCCAUUCCACAACCUAGUAUUGAAGAAAUUAGGAGACGAUUGGCUCUUCUCAAAGAUCAAGACCCUGAUAAACCCGUCCCCAACAUAAAUUACCAUGCAGUAGACACUAGAACGGAUGAAGAAAAGACUACAGAUCUGAUAAAUGAGUAUUUGGAGGAACUAGAACUUUCUUCUGACGUGAAUGCGGAUUCUGCAAUUCAGGACAGACUGGCCAGGCUCAGAGGAAUCGAUCCAGCGGUAUUUGCUAAAAAUAAACCAACUGACGAUGAAGAAGAUGAGCAGACAGCUACCAAAAAAAUUAUAAAAAAGGCUUUAGCCGAGGCAAUUAUAGAAGGCAAAUAUUCUGAAUCCGAUUUGGAUGAAUUGGAGCAAAUGGACACUGAAUCAGUUGAUGAAACGCCAGAUGAAGAACGCUUACCUUGGUGUGUUAUCUGUAAUGCUGAUGCACAACUCCGCUGUAUCGGUUGCAGUGGCGAUCUGUACUGCAAUUCCUGUUUCCGAGAUGGUCAUGAUUCUUUUGAGAUAGUUGAUCACCAAAGUGAGCCUUUUAAACCAGAACAGAAGCCAGAGAGUAACUGAUAUGAACAACGCAUGUGCAUCAAGUGAAAUUUAUAAAUGUUAUCAACACCAUUCAUCUGAUUGCUGAACAUUAUUAAUUAUUCGCUCGUGUAUGUACAUUUGUAUACUUAUACACGGUUAUGGAAUUCUAGAAUUGAUCUUAUACGCAGCUUAAGAAUAUGUUAUCAAAUUUUUGCUAGAUGAUUGAUGGCUUGAUAUAGAUGUACUCACUUUUACAGAAAAAUAUAUAUGGUAGUCUGGCACCACAAA